UGUUGCAAAACGUUAGAGCCGAUUCUAAUAUUUAGAACACCAUUCGCACUAAAAUGGCCUUCAUCAAAUCUGUCGUGUGCCUAGCCGUCCUCGGAGUUGCCGCUGCUGGUCUGGUUCCUUAUGCCGCUGAAUACAAGGGAGAUUACUAUGCUCACCCACAGUACUCCUUCAACUACGGUGUCCAUGAUGGUCUGACCGGUGACGUGAAAUCCCAGGUCGAGAGCCGUGAUGGAGACGUUGUCAAGGGACAGUACUCGCUGGUCGAACCCGAUGGUUCCGUGCGCACCGUCGACUACACCGCCGAUGACGUCAACGGAUUCAACGCCGUCGUCAGCAAGUCUGGCCCAUCUGUUCACGCUCCAGUCGCCGUUGCCCAUGCUGCCCCAGCCGUCGUUGCCCACGCCGCCCCAGUCGUGAAAACCUAUGCUGCCCCAGCUGUUGUCGCCGCUCCAGCUCCAGUUCUGAAGACCUACGCCGCUCCCACGGUAGUUAAGACUGUCGCUGCCGCCCCGGUAGCCUACGCUCAUGGCCCAUCGGUGUACGCUGCCCAUGCUCCGGCCGUCUACGCUGCCCAUGGAGCUCCAGCCGUCUAUGCUGCCCAUGGAGCCCCAGCCGUCUACGCUGGACACGCGUAUGCCCCAGCUGCCUACGGAUCGUACUACCACUAAAAAACCACCAUAUCCAACCCGAAUGAUCCCAUCUCUCUACCCCCGAAGUACUGCCAACCAUUAUUUAUUUCAACCUUCCCUAUUCUUCGCUCGAAAAGUUUCUCUCGGCUUGAAUGGCUGCUGCUACAGAUUUCACCAAACCAGAUAGUGGCGGCUCACAGUGGACGAGAGGAAAUACUCACAGCUUAGAAUUGCAUAUCUGUAUAUAAAUGAGAAGACGACUCUAGCGCUGCCACCGGUUCUGAAACGUGAUUGUUUUUUUAUUAACACAAUCUCGAAAUAGAUUUUAGUCAAGUGAUUCCAUACACCUAGGCGCCGGUUGCGUAGGCACCAGCGGAAACGAACUUCCCUUCCACCCAGUUGACAGGGAGUCUACGUCUACGCAUUGUAUUGCAGCCAGUGAGAACGAAAGGCGGGGGCUUAUGGAAUCUAGUUCUAUAUUUUUUUCUAUGAUUUCUUUACGGACUGGCCGAUCUUCGACGGCAUACAAAUGAAGACAAAAAAAAUGCGACUUCACAAUUCCAAUACUCAUAUGUACAUUCAAUUAGAUGUUUGUAUUGACCAUGAUGAAAGCGAACGGAAGAACGAUUUGUACAGAG